AUGGAGAAAUGUCGAUCAAACGCCAACCAGUUACCUUCUCCGGCUAAUGGAGACCUCAUUACCAUCCUCAGUAUUGACGGUGGAGGGAUCAGAGGAAUCAUUCCUGCGACUAUCCUCGCCGCCUUGGAGUCGGAACUUCAGGUAUGAAGCUACCGCAGGAAGAAAUCUACAGAAGAUACCAUGUAUCCUCGUCUCUGGUUUCCUCUUCGUAGCACUUGAAAAGACGUAUCAACGUGGACUGUUCAAACAGGUUGACAAAUCCAGCGUCCCAAGAGGCAGAUGGGACUUACCCUUUUUCAUGCAGAUUUGACCAAACCCAUGGAUUCAGAAUACCAUGACCUUGAGAGGGUGUGUUGAGCGCUAUUCCUCUCUCUCUCUCUCUCUCUCUCUCCUAAUUUCCUCAGGCUGUUCCUCUCUUCGCAUUUUCUAUCUACUCAAUCGACGGGCAUCGUCCUAUUUUAUUUCAGAGCCCUUCUCUAAUACACUUGAUUAAUCUCCUGAUAGACUUGAUUAAUCCCUUCUCUAAUAUUUUCCAGCUCUACAGGACCAACAAUCUUGAGUAAUUAUUUCAGAGCCCUAAAAAGCAAUCCCUCGCUUUCCAUACAUCAAAACCGUUAUUUCUUUCCGUAGUGUACUUGAAACCUUCUUCAGUUUGACUUAGAUAGUAUGUUUUUCUUCGACACGGGCAGAUUUUGGACGGGAAGAAGGCGAGGCUGGCAGAUUACUUCGAUGUGAUAGCGGGAACCGGCACCGGAGGAAUUAUAGCUGCCAUGCUAGCUGCACCGGACGAAGAGAACCGUCCUCUCUUUACCGCAAGUGACGUCAGGUCGUUCCUUCUCGACAAAGGCCGCGCGAUCUUCAGCAAGAGCUGGUGAGGAUGAUGAUAUCUACAUCUGUAUCCAUCUUUUAUCGACGUCUAUAUCAAUAUAUAUGGGUGUUUAUUAGUACCUUCUCAGUUGCUUACUUUCAUUCACUAUCUCCUUACUUUCAGUAGUAAAUUAGCGUCCGUCGCAAAGGGUUUCGGAGCUCUAUGGGGACCGAAAUACCGCGGAGACUCCAUCUGCAGACUUCUCAGAGAGAAGUUUGGAUCCUUGAGGUUGCGCCAUAUGUUGACCAAUGUCGUCAUUCCAACAUUCGAUAUCAAGACCCUUCGCGCUACCAUUUUCUCAUCCUUUGAGGUAUGCUCUUUGCUCCAGUCAUCAUCUAUUUUGUCCAUGUUUCUCCCUCUGUCGUACGGGAAUCACGGCUUGCCUCGAGCAGGCGUCAGCCUGCACAUAUUCUCAUGACACCAUCCAUUGUAGAUAAAAAAUUAAGUGCCUACCACCUACCUACAUACCGAACCACUGGUCCAUGCAUCUCUCGAUCUAUCUUUCUAUUUAUCCAUAUUUCUACUAUCCAUAUAUAAAUCUUCGCGCAUACACAUGAAGCAAUUUUUUUACCCGUUUGUAUUAUACCUUAAACCAUAUAAAAGUAUCGAAUAAUCAUGGGUGAAAGGGAAGUCUUAAAAUUCCCAUGUACGGUAAUCGGAGGUUCAAUCCCCGCAUUGACAUUCUGAGAUGCGAAUCUGCUGACUGAUGCGGGUGCACCUAAAUUUUAGGUCGGUAUGUAUAUAUAUAUAUAUAUAUACAUACCGACGUCAAAAGAAGUAUUUCAUUGUCAUGCAUAAGAGUGUGAAGGUUGGUGAGAUCGUGCUAUCUGCCGUUCAGUUCGUUAGAACGGUAGGCAAAGCGGUUGCAUCUUCUGGCUGUCAUUUGACUUUUAAGUCAAGCUGAAUCAAUGUGGUGAUUUUGCAGGUGAAGAGCAAUAGCUCCAUGGACGCUCUCCUCUCCGACAUCAGCAUCGGUACGACAGCAGCGCCAACCUACCUUCCCCCUCAUUACUUCGAAACCAAGGAUUCCGAGGGCAAGGUCAAGGAAUUCAACCUCAUUGACGGCGGAGUUGCUGCCAAUAAUCCAGUAAUAAGCCUGAACCCUUAUAGUAUAUCUUCUUUAGAUCUCUCUCUCUCUCUCUCUCUCUCUCUCUCUCUCUCUCUCUCUUUCUGUCCUUCUCAUACAUGACCUUAACCUCAGGCGCUCAUAGCGAUUGGAGAGGUGUCGAAGGAGGUACACAAGAGGAACCCGAAAUAUUUACCUCACAAACCCAUGGACUGCCGCAAGAUCCUGCUCAUUUCGCUGGGCACAGGGGGGGCGAAGGUCGAGAAGAGGUACAGCGCCCGGCUCGCGAGGAGAUGGGGGGUUCUUGGAUGGCUGCUCAAUGGAGGGUCCACUCCCCUCGUUGAGAUCUUCACUCAAUCAAGCGCCGAUAUGGUGGACAUCCACCUGUCCGUCGUGUUCCAAGCCCUCCGUUCUGAAUCCAACUAUCUUCGUAUUGAGGUGCGUGAAGCAUUCUGAAAACGACAUUAACAGGUCUCGUUAUCAUGGCCUGUCAACUGGCAUGUCAAUAACAUAACUCGUUCGAACACACAGGAUGAUACGUUGAUGGGGAAUGUAGCCAGUGCGGACAUCUCUACCGAAGAGAACCUAGAGAAUCUGGUCCGGGCUGGGGAGGAGCUACUGAAGAAGCCUGUUUCAAGAGUAAAUCUGGACACAGGAGUAUAUGAACCUGUUGGGAAUGGAGAAGGAACCAAUGAAGAAGCCCUUACAAGGUGAGAUCAAUCCCUCAACGAAAAAGGUUCCAGUACUUCUCAGCGUGUUUUUCAAGAUUUCUGAUCGUUUUUCAUUUUCACGAUGUAGAUUUGCAAAGCUGCUCUCUGAUGAAAGGAAGAUUCGCCAAUUGAGGCCUUUAUAG